ACGCCUACUAUGAACGCAAGCGAGGCAUUAGUAUAACGCACAGCCAACAGAGUGGCUUGUCUUAGUGUCAUCAGUGUUACGUCAUCUCCGUCGCGCAGGGAUUGGCUUUAUAAGGGCAGCGCGGCGUCUUCCGGUCCUCUUUUCAGCCCUUGAUUCCAAAAUGACCAAGAAGCGAAGGAAUAACGGACGUGCCAAGAAGGGCCGCGGCCAUGUCCAGCCCAUCCGUUGCACAAACUGUGCUCGCUGCGUCCCAAAGGACAAGGCCAUCAAGAAAUUUGUCAUCAGGAACAUUGUGGAAGCUGCAGCUGUCAGGGAUAUCUCUGAAGCCAGUGUCUUUGAUUCAUAUGCACUUCCCAAGCUCUAUGUGAAACUUCAUUACUGCGUCAGCUGUGCAAUCCACAGCAAGGUGGUCAGAAACCGCUCCCGCGAAGCUCGUAAGGACCGGACACCACCUCCCAGGUUCAGGCCUGCGGGUGUACCUCAGAGAGCACCUCCCAAGCCAAUGUAAGAGACUGUGGCUAAGAUGUACCUUACCAAAUAAACUGUUUAAAAACAA